GCUACUACUACUACUACUGAGCCCAUCACCAUCACCGACAUCACCACCACCACCAGUACUCAAUCAUGGCGGACUAUGCGAAACACAGCAGCAAUACGGAGUGUAGCAAAUUGACGGCGGCGGCUAAACAAGAUGUAAAUAUGGAAUUAGGAAAGGGAAUAGCUAUUUAUGAAGUGGAUGAAGAUCAGCCAUGCAUGGAAUGUGGUGAUAGAUGUCCUGGUUUUAAGAGUCAUCCCUGGAGAAAUAUUUGCAAAUUAUGUCGAUGUCCUCGAGAAUCUCACGAUGUCUACCACUGUGAAUUUAUUGAUGUCCGGGAUCGCUUAGGUUGGCCAAAAAUGAAUGAUGAAGAUUUAAAAGAAAGUACAUUGCGAGAAGGUUUUACCUGGGUUCCCUCAGGCCUUUCUCGGCCACAGAUUUCAGAAUAUAUGGACCAGCUACCGAAUCACAAAGUACCUCGGAUUUCUGCUCAAGGAGAACGUUAUCGAGACUUGCAACUGAUAUACCAAUUACCCAGACAAGAUCUAUCUGACAAAUACUGCCAAAGUUUGGAAUCUCCAUCUGAAUUUGCAGAUUUUCACGAAUUUCGAAGAUUAAGAGACCAAAUAGCAAUGGGCAUAGCGCAAACCAAAGAAGCAAUCGAUGCAUCGGUUUGUCAUAAUUGCAAAGGUGAAAUAGACUCGAAGGAGUUAAUAAUUGUUGCUAGCAAAAUAACCGAUUCUCUUUGCUGGCACCCUGCCUGUUUCAUCUGCAGCGUCUGUGAAGAACUCCUUGUUGACUUGACCUAUUGCCAUUUCCAACAGAAGCUGUUUUGUGAACGCCACUUUGCUGAACUAGUUAGGCCGCGUUGUUUUGCUUGCGAUGAGCUAAUAUUUUCUUCUGAAUACACAAAAGCUAUGGAACAGAAUUUCCACAAAGAUCACUUGGCCUGCAAACACUGCGACAAAAAACUGAUAGCUUGUAGAUAUAUCUUAAAAGAUGAGAAUCCCUACUGUAUACCUUGUUAUCAAGAAUUGUUUGCCCACAACUGUUAUGUUUGUAGAAAACCAGUAGGACCUGACUAUAAGGAUUUAUCAUACAAAGAUAAGCAUUGGCAUGAAUUCUGCUUCAAAUGCGGUGAAUGUCAAAAGAGCCUUGUCAACCAGCCUUUUGCUUACAAGGAUGAUGCAAUUUUCUGUUCAGAUUGCCAUGAUGAACUGUUUGCAGCUAGAUGUGAUGGAUGUAAAAAACCUUUUAAAGGAGGAAUGAAGAAAUUUGAAUACAAAAAUACUCAAUGGCAUGAAGAAUGUUUCUUGUGCAAUGUCUGCAAAGAGGCCAUUAAAAACAAGAGCUUCAUUCCUCGUGGUGAUGAAGUUGUCUGUAUCCCCUGUUUCGAAAAUAAGUAUGCUCAGAAAUGUGCUAAAUGCAAUGGUGUGCUAACCAAAGGUGGUGUUGCAUACAAGGACAUCCCAUGGCAUCGCGAAUGCUUCACUUGCUCGAAAUGCAACAAAAAUCUAGCCGGAGAGAAAUUCACAUCACGUGAGGAAAAGCCGUAUUGUGCUGAUUGCUAUGGUGACUUGUUUGCUAAGAAGUGCUGCAUUUGCUCAAAGGCUAUUAUGGGCUUUGGUGGCACCAAGUUCAUCUCUUUUGAAGACCGUCACUGGCACAGUGACUGCUUCAACUGCAACAAGUGCAAAACAUCUAUGGUUGGCAAGGGCUUCCUUAUGAAUGAGGGAGACAUUUUGUGCCCUCCAUGUGGACGCAACUAAGACCUAUAUCUUGGGUUACUUUACAAGUCUCUUAAAGUCUUUAAAUCUGUCCUUGGACUUGAUGAAAGAUAUUCAACAACAACAGCAAAAAAAAAAUUUUUUUUAACCCUAAACGAGUAUGUAAUAAAUAUGGUUUAUCCAUUAGAAUAAUUUAGAUCUAUGAUUAUUUAUUAAAGUUCAAUUGUAAUUUACCCACCGCCUUCUUUUCUACAAUUUAGGUCCUGGCAAAAAUUUCGCAGUUUUUGUCAAACUUUUUCGUGUUGUUAUUUUUUCUCUUGUGGUGAAAAUCAUUUAAAAAGAAAAAAAAAUUAUUUUUUAAUCAAUAAUAAUAAUAAUUACAAUAUUAUUAUUAUUAUUAAGAGAGAGAGAGAGAGAGACAAUUCUUCAAAUUGUACUUCAUUUCAUUAAAAAAAAAAAGAGAAAAAAAGCCUUUUUUUUGUUUUUAAUUUUCAAUCAAUGCAUGAAUGCAUGUUCUAGAAAGUUCUGACUAUUCUUUGAUAGCCAUGUACCCGAGUCUUCUUUAACAGCCAAACUAUGUAAACUAGGAAAGGCAGAUUACUGGUUUUGCUUUUUUUCUCUUUUCAAACUGACAGUUUUUUUUAAUCCCUUUUGUUGCUGUUUUUUUUUACAAUUAAUUUUUUUCAAAUAAACAUUAAAACUGCUAAUUAUGCUGUUUUUAUUUUCAUAGAUUGAUUUAGUUUAAAAAAUUUUUUUUUAAACCAAUAAAUGAAAAGAACUGGAUCUCUGUCCCACACAUAAAACUACAGCAUCCAAGGUGAAUUAAAAUUACUUUCAUUAUUAAGAAAUCAAAUUUAACCAAGGUAAUGCUUACCUUUCCACCCCACUCUUCUAGGGGAUGGGGUUUAUAAAGUACUUUUACAUAUAUAAUAUAUACAUACAGGGAGUCCAUUCAUUAUUUGACCCCUAUCUUAAAAACUAGUCUUGUGCUUAAUCAAAAUAAAUCUUAAGUUACAAGCACAAAUUCACGGGUGAAGCCUUCACACAUACGAACAAACAAACCCAUGUGCUAUUACCAAUAGGUAUUGUGCUCGAGUACCUGUAAAAGAUUUAUUCAAUUAACUUCAAACACUUCUCUGUAUCCUAGUACAAGACUUAUAUCAGCAGGAAAUUGCUUGCACAUUACUAAACUGACUAAAAUCUGCUUCAUUUGAUAGUGUACAUUAUUAAAUUGAUUUUGAAGGGAAAUGUUUUACAUAUUCCACAAUUAACAAUUGUAGAAUUGAUGCUUUCUUGUUUUCAAGACCAUUAUGGAAAAAAACCAUUUCCACCUUCAAAGAAUUUUUUUUUCUUUCUUUCUUAAAACUGUUGGUAUUAAGACGAGGGGUGAGUUUCAGGUAUACUAUUUAAUAAACAUUAAACCAAUGAAGGUUCUUUUCUUUCUUUCUCUUGUCUCAAAUAAAAAGUAAUGUUUAUAUAAAAAGAAAAACAUUUAUUUUCCUCACUAAUCUUGUUGAUUUAGAGGUGAGGUUACUGUACAGUAUGUUUUUCAUAUAUAUUUUUUCAAAAUGAAAGAAAAGACAUUCUUACACAUAAUUCGAAAAAUCUGGCUGUGUCUUCAAUAAAAUAUGUCGCUUGUU